AUGGCCAUUAGCUUCUUGCUUCUUCUUCUUCUUCUCACUCUCCUUUCUCUUCUUGAUCCUACCCUUAGCUUUAAGCCCAAAAGCCUAAACUACUCCCUCUCCUUUGGCUGGUCGCCGGCCGGAGCUACUUGGUAUGGUAGUCCCAAUGGCUAUGGUAGUGAUGGUAAGGGCAAACAUUUCUCUGAUGAUGAUGAUGAUCAGGUGAAAUGCUCGAAUAAUGCGGCGUGUUCUAACCAUCCGGUGACGGUGGUGAUCACCGACGAGUGUCCGGGCGGGCCCUGCGUCGCCCAGCCUUACCAUUUCGAUUUGAGCGGGACGGCCUUUGGAGCGAUGGCCAUUUCCGGCAGAGCCAAUGAGCUGCGCAAUGCAGGUGCCAUUCAAAUACAAUAUAUAAGGGUUCCUUGCAACUACUACGGAAUAAACAUCGUCUUCCACGUGGACUCCGGAGCAAACCCAUACUACUUCGCGGUGGUGGCGGAGUACGUCGCCGGCGACGGUGAUCUUGGCGCCGUCGAGCUUCUGCCGUCGUGUACCGGAGCCAAAUGGCAGGCAAUGCAGAACUUGAAUGGGGCUGUUUGGAAGCUGAACUGGGCAUCACCACUACAACCACCUUUCUCCCUCCGGCUGACCACUCUCGCCACCGGCAAAACCCUAACAGCCAUAAACGUGAUUCCGCAGGGCUGGAAGCCAGGAACAAGCUACAAAUCAUCUGUUAACUACAUCAAUUAA